AUGUAUAGUCUCAGACACUGCGCCCGGUGCGCUGUCACGAAGGGCAACCGUGUCCGGCCGUUAUCCACCACACCACAACGAACAGGAGAUACAUCGAGGAACUUCGACGAAGAGACCGAUGUGCUAAUCAUCGGCUCCGGAGCCGGGGCUUUAACAGCCAGCUUGAGAGCAAGAAAGCUGGGACUGCGCACCGUCAUAAUCGAGAAAGAAUCCACGAUCGGGGGCGCCUCGGCCGUAUCUGGCGGAGGGCUAUGGAUCCCCUGUAAUCCAGUGUCCGCAGCCGCCGGUAUCAAGGAUUCUAAACAGGCAGCUCUGAGAUACUUCGAGCAAGCCGUUGGAGACACUGGUCCGGCAUCGUCACUGGCGAGGAGGAACGCGUACGUCGACAACGGCCCGAAGAUGGUUCAGUUUCUGCAGCAGCUGGGCUUCCAGUUCCAUUUCAGCAAAGGAUACCCUGACUACUACCCGGACCUAGAGGGUGCGAUUAGUAGCGGCGGAGGCCGCACGAUAGAGUCAAAGGUCUUCAAUGUGAAGAAGCUGGAUAAAGAGUGGCGGGCCAAGUUGCCGCCCCCGUUAUCCCCAGUCGCGAUAUAUGGGAAUGAUGCGCCUGUGAUCACUCGUUCCAUGUCGUCUCCAGGUGCUUUCCUUCAUACAGUUCGAGUGAUGCUGCCACUGAUGGUCAGGGCACUUGCUGGCCAGGAACUAGUUAGCCUGGGAAUGGGCUUGGUGGCACAGCUGCUAUACCUUAACUUGAAACACGGAAGCACGGACAUUCGCGUGAACACGAAGAUUUCGCGGCUCAUACAGGGGAAAGAAGGCGGUAUCCAUGGCGCUGAGGUGCAAUCACUCCAAGGAGACUCUAUCAAGAAAAUAGGGGCAACAAAAGGAGUCAUCCUCGCAGCAGGUGGCUUUGCACAGAACAAAAAAAUGCGAGAGCAGUUCAUGCCCAGUCCUGCCAGUACAACGUGGACCAGCUCACCAAAAGGAGAUACAGGCGAUGCCAUUACUGAAGGUAUACGAGUUGGCGCAGACACGGCCUUGAUGGACGAUGCCUGGUGGGGACCAACCAUCGUGGACCCGGUCACUUUCAAAAACCAUUUUGCCCUGAGUGAGCGUGCAAGACCGCAUUGCUUUAUCGUUGAUUCUAGUGGCUGCCGUUUCAUGAAUGAAGCUCAGAGUUAUACUGAUGCUGGCCACGAUCAGUAUGCCAGGAAUGAGAAGGUCAGCGCUAUCCCGGCCUGGUUGAUCAUGGACAGCGACUACCGCAAUAGAUACAUGCUUGGAAAGCUGCUCCCGAGAACGAAGCCCUCGAAGGAGGCUCUAUCCCGGAAAGUAAUGUUCCAGGCCGAAUCGAUCGAGGACCUGGCGCAGCAGAUUGGAAUCGAUCCGGCCGCCCUCGCAUCCACAACCAGCCGAUAUAACGAACUUUGUAGAACGGGAGCAGACACUGACUACGGCAAGGGAAACAAUGCCUAUGACAGUUUCUUCGGAGAGCCCACUGCAAACGGACCAAAUCCCAAUAUGGGAACCGUAGAUCGCCCCCCGUACUACGCCGUCGCCAUCUGGCCUGGUGACCUGGGAACGAAAGGCGGGCUCUUAACGGACGAGUUUCAACGCGUGCUAGACAAGGAAUCACGGCCUAUACCGGGGCUGUUUGCUAUUGGGAACACGGCUGCGAGUAUUAUGGGGCGGACCUAUUUGGGCGCCGGGUCGACUUUAGGGCCGGCAUUGACACAUGGGUAUAUUGUUGCCACUUUCUUAGGAGGCGGUUCUUUGUAA